CCAAGAACUAUCAUUAUUGUUAUUGCCGCGCGAUGUCACUCCGCCCCCCGCCGGAGCUACAUGCCGCCUGUCUAGAAUAGAGGCGUUCCACUACUCCUGAAGCUCACUUGCUCGCCUGAUCGCCAAACAACAAAUACGGAAAACAUCAUGGCUUUAGGAACGGCAAGGAGGAAGACGUACUGGUGCUUUAUAUUCCUCCUUCUCGCUGCUCUCAUUGGAAAGUCGACCGCCUCCCUUGGUGAUCAUCUCCCCGACUUCAAAGAAUGCGUCAAGGUUUGCCAGGCUGAGAACUGCCAAGAUGGCAAUUCGGCUAUUCCUUUCCACCUCCGCCUCAUGUUGUGGACGUGUCCUUCCGAAUGCGAUUAUACCUGCCAACAUGUUGUGACGGACCGCCGAGUCGCCCGUGAUCCUCCGAUGUUGAACCCAGUAUUACAAUUCCACGGUAAAUGGCCGUUCCGCAGGAUCCUUGGGAUGCAGGAACCGUUUUCCGUUCUGUUCUCGUUCUUCAACUUUCUUGCUCAUUGGUAUGGGAUCGGACGACUUCGCGAAACUGCACCCUCUUGGCACUCGCUACGGUCCUACUACAUCGUUUUCGGAUACUUUGGCUUAGCGUGCUGGACAUUCAGCAUGUUAUUCCAUACGAGAGACCUGUCCUUGACCGAAAAGCUGGACUAUUUUGGUGCAGGGGCUAACGUGAUGUACGGGCUAUAUCUUGCGAUCAUUCGGAUCUUCCGCCUGGACCAAGAGGAGCCUAGACACAAACCGACUUUGCGUCGUCUGCUGACUACGGUUUGUGCUCUUCUCUACACUUUGCAUGUAUGCUACCUCAGCUUUUGGUCAUGGGAUUACACCUACAACAUGAUUGCAAAUAUCGUGAUAGGAAUGGCCCAAAAUGUCCUGUGGGUGGGUUUCAGUAUCUAUCGUUAUCGCAAGUAUGGCAAGGAGUGGAUGGCCUGGCCCGGAAUGAUUGUGGUCUGGAUUAUUUUGGCCAUGAGCCUUGAAUUACUGGACUUCCCCCCCUGGCACGAGCUGAUUGACGCACAUAGCCUUUGGCAUUUGGGAACUGUGAUCCCAACUGCGUGGUGGUACUUGUUUCUCAUCCGGGACAUUCAGAACGACGUGGCAGGAGAACGGCUGAAAGCCUGAUUGAGCCCGUCUCGGGGGCAUGCAUCGUCAUCAUCGCACGGCCCUUGGCCCUGUCCAGGUGACCGGAUAGCUUGUAUUAUAU